GCGAUAUGCGUGCGAGAUACGACUCUGCGCCGAUCAGCUGACUGGAGGUUUUUGUAUUUGAAAGUUCGAAUGACAGACCACGUUAUCGUCCCAAAGCGAUAUACGAGUCUCACGCGAGAGGACCGUAGUACCCGCCGCUGACAAUUAUUCGCGGAGGCAGACCGCCUCGGUUGCCGCGCGAGAAUGACUCAGGAGCUGUCCGGUGUGACCAUAGUGAUAUUUAUAGCUGCGGGCGUUUUGACAAUAUUGUUGCUGUUCAUCUUCGCGAAACGACAGAUCAUGAGAUUCACUUUGAGAUCUCGUCGGGGCCCUCACGUUCCCAUAGGACACGACACGAAAAAGUCCUUGAAGAAGGAAAUAGAGAGAAGAAUAGAGGUAAUACCCAGGAUCCAAUACGAGCCACAGCUGAUCAGCGACUCUAGGUAUAUUUUGACUCCAGGAGGACAAGCUCCACCGCAUUAUUACAGACUGAAGGCGGUUGACGAUGUUAAAACCUUGGAGGCAGAGAUCACGAGGUACGACAAUUACCUGAAGAGACACCCCUCGGAGAAUCUGAGGGCGUAUUUACUCACCACACUCGCCACUCCGUUAAACGGAAGUGGACAGCGUAUAAUUCAUCAGUUCUGUGAUCUGUACGAACAUGCGAGGCACGACCCUACCGAGUUCGGCGACGAGGAAUACCAAGUGUACACUCGCCUGUUUCUAAAGCUGAUGGACGCGGCACGUUUAUUGAAGUCGUAUCCGAGCAGCAGAAAGUCUAGCCCUAGUCGCACACCGAUCAAGAAGAGCGUGGAGACGAAAAGAAAUAUUCUGGAGCCUAGAAUGCGUCCACCCGAGGAACAAAUCCUAACUGGCUCAAGACCCAAUACUCUAACGGUGAUGACGUUGGACAAUAGCGAGACGUCCGUGUAGCAUUAUGAAUGCCGUCACAUACAACAUAUGUGACGAGGAAAUUGUAGAUAGGUAUACAACGCUAAAGUAAUUUAUAAACUACCGCGCAAAUGGAUCGUCCGAUUUAGUUAGGAAUUAUUAAUAUGCGUUUUUACUUUUACUAACGAAGCACUCACGAGCUCGCCAUUUUAUUCAAGUUACGUCUCGAACGACACGUAUUUUGUAUACAACGAGCACGGGUACGUUUCUUUCUGUGAUUUAUUUGAUAUUUAUAUGAAUUUACAUUUAUACAAGCCUUAUACAAUAGAAUUUUCGCGCUCCUUGCACCGGCAUCGCUUGUGAAAUAUCUUAACGUGUACUUAUGUACAUGAGAAGCAACGGUGUGUAAAAGUUGCUGAAUUAGAAAAUUAGAAUUACUAGAACAGAAUUUUUUUUCAAAGCGUCCGUUUCGUCGUAUGUAAUUGUCUUUGGGUGAAAGUAGCGUCAAGUUAAUAAUCGUACGUUCUCUUCCCGAUUAACUCCAUAGAUAAUUUAACAAUACUAAAAUUCACAUAUGCUCGAGUCGCAUAUAGAUCUACAUAUCUCCAAUGAAAUUCAGGAAAACGUCUACAGUCGUUAGAAAAUAAUACAAGAUUAUUCUUUCCUUUUUAAAUGUUUAUCUUUCAAUGAACAAUAACGAAUUAGCAUAUCUUUUUCUACAUCACCGUUUAAAUAUAGAAAUUUUUAACAAUUUAACGAAUCCAGUGUUAGUUACGCAAUAAGAAUAUGGACCUAAAGUGUAUAUACAUAUUUAAAGCUUGAUAUAAUCGAAAUUAUUUUAUUAGUAAUAAGGUUUAGACAAAUGAGGUAGGAUAUUAGAUGUAUUUACAGAUGUUCAUUAUUGUAAGGUUAAUAUCGUUAAUGAAAUUCAAGGCUGAGUAAUACAGAUAAGUAAAUUAAUUCGCAACGCAAAAAUUUUCCCUUUUUUUUAUACAAAAAAAUAUUUCUUAUAUAAACGUAUAUUUCUCUUAGUUAUAUUUGUCAACGCGAGUUUUAAUCGACAGGUAAUUUCUCCAUUCUGAGUUGUAGUCUUCCUCUUGCCUUAAUAAAAUUAAUGCAUUUUGAAAUGCAAAUAUAUAUACAUCAGGUA